AUGGCUCAACAGGAACAACUGUCUUCGUUGAUCGAGACAUGGCUGCAGUGGGAUCAGGUACCUCGUCAACCCCUCGAAUCCCUCCAGAGAUUGGGUGGCGCUCAAUUCGUACUUCGUGUGGAGAUUGAAAAACUGCGUGAUGUGGGCGAUACGAAAGAGUUGGAGCUGCGCUUGCGGAAUCGCAUUGAAUUCGGUACUGCGGGCUUGCGAGGUCGCAUGGCUGCUGGUUUCUCCUACAUGAACUGCCUGACGGUCAUUCAGGCCUCGCAAGGACUUGCCAAGCACGUUCAAAGUAAAGGGCGAGAAUUCGCUUCCAAGGGGGUCAUCAUUGGACAUGAUGCGCGCCAUCAGUCCGACCGAUUUGCUGAAUUAGCUGCCAAUGCCUUUGUCGCGCUGCAAAUCCCGGUCAAAUUUGUGAGGGAGUCGGCACCCACUCCCCUUGUUGCCUUUGGGGUGAAACACUUCGAGGCGGCGGCAGGUGUGGUAGUCACUGCAAGCCACAACCCGCCUCAGGAUAAUGGCUACAAAGUUUAUUCCAGCAAUGGCGCUCAAAUUAAUCGCCCCGAGGAUGCUGAGAUUGCGCAAUCCAUCCUUGAAAACUUGACGCCAUGGCCCGAGGCCUGGGAGGAGGGCCGGCACUCGAGCGAGUACUUCACGGAGGAGGCUCUCCACGAGAUUCUGGAGCCUUUCCAACGUCGUGUCAAAGAAUAUGCAGUCUCAACCGUGCCUGAAAUUUACCCCAUUCGGCCAUUCGUUUACACUCCCAUGCACGGGGUGGGCGCGAUCCGAAUCGACCCUUUGAUGAAUUCGAUGGGCAUGCAAUCAGGCCAAGAGUAUAUGAUUGUUCCUCAGCAAGCUCAGCCGGAUCCCAAUUUCUCCACUGUAAAAUUCCCCAACCCAGAGGAAGCAGGAGCGUUGGACCUUGCCAUUCAAGUUGCGGACGAACAAAACCAGACAUUGAUCUUCGCUAACGAUCCUGACGCGGAUCGCUUUGCCGUGGCUGAAAAAGUCGAUGGUAAAUGGUUUUUGCUCACUGGGAAUCACGUCGGUGCUCUUUUCGCCUCGCAUCUGUUUGAUACCAUUGACUCGACCCAAAAUGCGUCAAAGAUCAGCGUAUUGACCACAACGGUAUCUAGUGGCAUGCUUCAGAAGAUGGCUGAAUCUAAGGGCAUUCAUUUCAAAGAGACCCUUACCGGCUUCAAGUGGAUGGGCAACGUGGCGCGAGACCUCGAAAAGACGGGCCAGACAGUGUUGUUCGCUUAUGAAGAGGCCCUCGGCUACAUGUUCCCGGCCGUGAGCUAUGACAAGGACGGAGUCACCGCGCUCUCAGUCUUCGCCAUGGCGGCCGCCAAAUGGAAAGCUCAGGGCUUAACCGUGUUCGGCAAACUGCAACAGCUCUUUGUCGAGUACGGCCACCAUGAGACUUUGAACAAUUACUUCCGAUCCUCCAGCCCUCAGCAGACCAUUGAGCUCUUCCGCGGCAUCAGGAGUGGCCCCUUCCUGCAGCAGAUGCAAUUCGGCAACUUCAAGAUUCUGCGAUGGAGAGAUCUGACUGAAGGCUUUGACACUGCGUCGUCCGAUCACAAGCCCGAUCUACCUGAGGAUCCCACCAGCCAAAUGAUUACACUUUGGUUGGAGGGCGGACUGCGCUUUACGUUGCGAGGGUCGGGGACUGAGCCCAAAGUUAAAUUUUACAUCGAAUGCUGCAGCGAUUCUCGCGAGGAUGCUGUCAAAUCGGUGUGUGAGGCCUUUUUCACCAUCUUGAAAGAGUGGGUCCAGCAAUACGCCCCUUCGAUGGCAUACAGCAAUGAGCUUUCCACCUCAUCCGGGUCCACUCUGCUCGUGGACAAGCAGUCAAUCUCUGUCUGA